CCAAGAAGCUUCCUCUCCUCUGCUAUGUAACUUUUAAGAGGGGAAUCCUCCACCCCCUCUCUUGCAUAACUCCGAGCGCCACUUCUCAGAAACGCGUUGCCGGCACCAUAACAUACCAACUCAUUCUCUCGCUAACACAAAAAUAUUCAUCCUUCUCAACAUGUCUUUUCCAUUUCCACGUCACCGUCGUAAAGUCUCCGGCAACCCUCCCUGCGCUCCCUUAUCUGCCGGCAUCUCUCUCAUUCUCCCCCUUCCGGCGCCGUCCUCCCUCGCCACCGAUUCCCUCCGACUCACCAAGGUCCUGAUGAACGUAACCAUCGAGAACAGCCUAGGUCCGGUGCAGGUGCUCAUAUCUCCUGACGAUACCGUCGCCGACCUCAUCAAGGCUGCCCUGGCAAUUUACCACCGAGAGAAGAGGAGGCCAUUCUUGAAGCUUCAGGAUCCCAAGCACUAUGCUCUCCACUACUCUCCCUUCUGGCUUCAAAGUUUGAAAGCCGAUGUGAAGUUGAAGAACUUGGGAUCGAGGAAUUUCUUCCUGUGUUCAAAGCCCUCCACUCUCUCGUCUUGCUCCGAGGAAGCCAACAUGACCAUGGAUCCUGCCUCUCCAUUGGCGCUGUUCGUUCAUCUCCCGUUAUAAUUAUCUCAAAAAUGGCCAACAACACGUCCUAGUUACCUUUGAUUCUGGGAAACUUAAGUAGUUGUUAUAAGGUAUGCCCAUAGCAUUUUGUGAAUGGUCUUGAAGACUUGAACCAUUAAUCUACUUUUGGCCUGGUACAUCAUAAGCCACGUGAUUGCCCGGUUUGAUAUAAGCUGCGUUUGGUUGAUAGAAAAUAUGCAAAUGAAAUCUAUUAAAAAAUAAAUAAAAGAAAAAUGAAUUAAAUUGCC